AAAAAAAUCAAACAUCAAAAACAAAAAAUGAAUUCUUUCAUUUCCCUUCCAAGAAAACAGUUGGAAGAUUGAACACAGAAGUCAUAGAACCCUGAGCCGCAACACCCAUUUGCCACUUCGGAGAUCUCCGCCUGUAGAGGAGUAGUUACCUGCAGUCGCUCAUACUCUGCGUGAUCUUUAACUCAGAAAAUAAUCUAAGCUACCGCUCAUUCUAGUCACCACCAUUCAACAAGCGGACCUCUUGGUCACACAAGAAGCCCUGGGGCAAUGUCUGGCAUGGCAUCGAAGUUCGGGUUGGCCGGAGGGAUUCCGGAGCGUCGAGUCCGACCCAUCUGGGACGCCAUCGACUCUCGCCGGUACAAGAACGCUCUCAAGCACUGCACCAGUCUGCUUUCUAAACAUCCAAACUCUCCUUAUGUUCUGGCACUGAAGGCUCUCAUUUUGGAAAGAACAGGGAAACCUGAAGAAGCAUUGUCUGUUUGUCUGAAUGCCAAAGAGCUUUUAUAUACCAAUGAUUUUGCUUUGAUUGACGAUUAUACUCUCAGCACAUUGCAAAUAGUUUUCCAACGACUUGGUCACUUGGAUGCGGCAACAAGCUGUUAUGAGUAUGCUUGUGGGAAAUUUCCUAACAACAUGGAACUAAUGAUAGGUCUUUUCAACUGUUAUGUCCAUGAAUACUCAUAUGUGAAGCAACAACAGAUAGCUAUUAAAAUGUACAAGAUUGCUGGUGAAGAAAGGUUCUUGAUUUGGGCAGUUUGCAGCAUUCAAUUACAGGUUGUUUGUGGUAAUGGGGGAGACAAAUUGUUACUUUUAGCAGAAGGUUUGCUCAGAAAGCACAUUGUAUCUCAUAGUUUGCAAGAACCAGAAGCUCUUAUACUAUAUAUUUCUAUAUUGGAACAACAAUCUAAAUAUGGAGAUGCCUUAGAAGUUCUCGAAGGAAAAUUAGGGUCCCUUAUAAUGAUCGAUGUUGAUAGACUACGUUUACAGGGGAGGCUUCAUGCUAGAUCUGGUGAUUAUAAUGCUGCAAGUACCGUAUUUCAGGAUGUAUUGAGAAAAUGUCCUGAUGAUUGGGAGUGCUUCCUCAACUAUCUGGGGUGUCUAAUGGAGGAUGUUAGUAGCUUCUGCGAUGAAUCUAAUAGUGAGAACAUUUAUCUGUCAAAAUCUUUAGACUGCAAGGUUUCUCACUUAUCAGAUGAAUUGUUUGAUUCUCGUAUAGAAAACGCAUCAUCCUUUGUGCAACAGUUGCUGGUAGAAGCAAAUAGUGAUUUUAUAAGAUGUCCAUAUUUAGCAAACCUUGAAAUUGAGAGGAGGAAGUUUCUAAAUGGGAAGGGUGAUGCUGAUAAGUUAGUGGAGACUUUGGUCCAUUACUUUCUCAGGUUUGGACAUUUGGCCUGUUUUUCUUCUGAUGUUGACGCGUUUCUUCAAGUUUUAAGUCAUGAUAAUCAGUGUGAGCUUGUGAAGAAGUUAGAGAAAGCAUGUCAGUCUGUAGAGACAGUUCCAACAAAGGCUCUGGGGAAAUCUGUCACCAUAUUCAAGAUUCAAAAUACUGUAGGACAGUUGUUCACACUUCCCAUAGAUGAACUUGAGAAGCUUGCUGUUCAAAUGACGAACAUGUACUGUGAAAACCUUGCUUUAUCCAAAGAUUUGGAUGAACAAGAAUGUAUGUAUGGUGAAGAGCUUUUGACUAUGGCAUGCAAUGUGUUAGUUCAGCUUUUCUGGCGUACAAGGAAUCUUGGCUAUUUGUUAGAGUCGAUCUUGAUUCUAGAAUUUGGUUUGACAGUCCGCAGAUACGUGUUCCAGUAUAAGAUCCUUUUGUUGCAUUUAUAUUCUCACUGGUGCUGUCUUCCAUUGGCCUAUGAAUGGUACAAGUCACUGGAGGUCAAGAAUAUUUUGCUGGAAACUGCAUGUCACCAUAUUUUACCGCAGUUGUUGGCAUCUCCACUGUGGGGAGACGCUAGUGAUGUUUUGAGGUGCUAUUUGAAGUUCAUGGAUGAUCACUUAAAAGAAUCUGCUGAUCUUACCUUUCUUGCCUACCGUCACAGGAAUUACUCAAAAGCUAUUGAGUUUGUUCAGUUCAAAGAACGAUUGCAGCGUUCAAGUCAGUAUGUGAUGGCAAAGAUUGAAGCACCCAUUUUGCAGAUGAAACAGAACGCAAAUAGCAUUGAGGCAGAGGAGUGUAUUUUAGAAAAUUUGAGGUCUGGAGCACAGAUCCUUGAGCUGUUAAAUGAAAUUGGAAUCAAGCCAUUGACAUUCAAUCAAGAUUUACAACUACGCCCUUGGUGGACUCCAACAUAUGAUAAAAAUUAUCUGUUAGAUACAUUUGAAGGAGUAUCCUGUUGUCCUAAAGAAUUCAUGCAUAAGCAAAUCCAACGAUCAGAAGCAAAUGUGAUUAAAAACAUUGAGAAGAGAUCCCUUAUCCCACGCAUGGUUUAUCUGUCAAUGCAUUGUGCUGCAACAUCGGUGAAGGAAAGUACUGAAAGCAAUGGCUCACCCUUUGAUCCUAAACUCUCAUCAGAAUUAAAGCAUUUGCUUGAUCAGUACGCCAAUGCCUUGGGAUUUUCAGCCCAAGAUGCUUUGGAGCUGGCAUUUGGAGUACUGAGUGGCCGCAAGCAAUUAGAGGAGUUGAACAACGAUCUGAUUGGCUGGAUGAAUUUUGUUGUCUUCUUGAACGCAUGGGAUCUAUUAUCUCACGGGUCGCCCACAACCCCUACCACGUCGGACCUAGUGAGCUCACUGCUGAAAAAAUGUGUAGAGGAAAAGAUCACAUCCAUCGGAGCACACCCAUCAUUAUCAGGCAGUGAUUUUCACACCCUAGUCCAACUGCUAACAGAACCCAUGGCUUGGCACACUCUGGUCAUGCAGUCAUAUGCACGGUCUGCUUUCCCUUCAGGAAAGAGGAAAAAAAAAGGCGCCCCCUCGGAAGAGCAGUCAAUUGCUUCUCAAGGAAUAGUAAUACAGGACUCCAUCCAAUCUGCAUGUGACGUUCUAGAGUACGUGUUGAAUUGGUUGAAAGAACACAUGAGCAGAGAUGAAGAAGGCGCAGAGUGGGAAAAUUUACUUUCUUCUCUUUAUGGAGAGGGGGAAGAAACUGAGGGUGGGCCAGGAAAGGUGUUUCGGAUCAUAAACAAGUUGACGUCAUCAGCAAAUGAUGGUGUGGUGGGGUAUCGGGUCUCACAAGCACUGAUGACCUGGAGUCCCGCUGACGUGGUUAGGAAGAUCAGAAGUGGUCAGGUCUCAGUGUUGCACGAAUUCAAUACAAUUUGUGAAUCUAAACUCAAAUCACUUCAGGCAUUCAAAUCUCAUUUGUAGCCUCUGCUAUUUUGUAGUUCAAUUUUCCCCUUGGUCUUGCCUUUUUGUGAGGCAUUUUUCUCUCUCCCCAGAAUGCUGCAGAAUCUCUAUAAAUUUUCUCAUUCAAGUUAUUCUAUACACACUAUUAACAAUAAGCUCUCUGAUAUCUCUUUUUAGAGAGUUGUAGACUAUUGGCAUUGGUUUCAGCAUGAUUUGCUAUCAUAAUUUUUAGAGUAAGUUGCCUCAAA